AUGGCAGAAAGGAUGGCAGAAAGGAUGGCAGAAAGGAUGGCAGAAAGGAUGGCAGAAAGGAUGGCAGAAAGGAUGGCAGAAAGGAUGGCAGAAAGGAUGGCAGAAAGGAUGGCAGAAAGGAUGGCAGAAUGGAUGGCAGAAUGGAUGGCAGAAUGGAUGGCAGAAUGGAUGGCAGAAAGGAUGGCAGAAUGGAUGGCAGAAUGGAUGGCAGAAAGGAUGGCAGAAAGGAUGGCAGAAAGGAUGGCAGAAAGGAUGGCAGAAAGGAUGGCAGAAUGGAUGACAGAAAGGAUGGCAGAAAGGAUGGCAGAAAGGAUGGCAGAAAGGAUGGCAGAAUGGAUGGCAGAAUGGAUGGCAGAAUGGAUGGCAGAAUGGAUGGCAGAAAGGAUGGCAGAAUGGAUGGCAGAAUGGAUGGCAGAAAGGAUGGCAGAAAGGAUGGCAGAAAGGAUGGCAGAAAGGAUGGCAGAAAGGAUGGCAGAAUGGAUGACAGAAAGGAUGGCAGAAUGGAUGGCAGAAUGGAUGGCAGAAAGGAUGGCAGAAAGGAUGGCAGAAUGGAUGGCAGAAUGGAUGGCAGAAAGGAUGGCAGAAAGGAUGGCAGAAAGGAUGGCAGAAAGGAUGGCAGAAAGGAUGGCAGAAAGGAUGGCAGAAUGGAUGGCAGAAUGGAUGGCAGAAAGGAUGGCAGAAAGGAUGGCAGAAUGGAUGGCAGAAUGGAUGGCAGAAAGGAUGGCAGAAAGGAUGGCAGAAAGGAUGGCAGAAAACAUGGCAGAAAAGAAGACAGAAUAG